UGGGUAUCCUUCCGCCUAGAAAUUAGGCUUGUUUGUAUCAACCAAUUAUAUACGUAAUCACGUACCAUUUCAUCGACUUAUAAAAUAGUUGUGUGGAUCUACGCUGUGUAAUAAAGGAUGAAAAACAUUCUUUUACAUUUAACGUUUUGUUGGAUACUGCGUUGUACAAAAGCUCUACUGGAAUACUCUAUGACAAACGACAACUACAAUCAAACUAAAGAAAUACCAAACCACAAUCAGCCCGAAGGAUUUGUUUGUAACAGACAACCUCAUAAUCCUUGCUGCUACAAUGAAUACUUGAAUAAUGACACCAACAGUUGUACAGAAUGUCCGAUCGGAAGUUAUGGCUGGAAUUGUAAAUUAAGCUGUUCUCCUGGAUACUUUGGAAGAUUGUGUCGAGUUCCUUGCCAAUGUAAUACAUCGGAAUGUCACACUGUAACUGGCUGCAUCCCGACAAAUUAUUCUCAGUCAACUAUCAUGUUAAAUACAACGAAGCGUCCAGAAUCAAGUUUACAGAAUGUAUCAAAAGUCGUCACAACAAAGAUAUCAACAAACAGAGGGGGAAGCAUUAAUUUCAAUGGCGCCAACAGUAAAAAAAUGACAAUGUUUGGAAUUUUUCUGUUCGGUACACUUCCCACAUUCUUUGUCAUUGGUUGCUUUCUCCUAUUCUACUUGCGAAGAGCGAAUAUGAAUUUCAACUGUUGUUUUCUUGGUGUAUGUAUCAGACAAUUGAUAUGCCCCUGUAUAGAUCAAGAAGGUGUUACAAAAGUGAUCCAAGAAGACACUGAACUUUCUACUGUAAAUAGAACAUCUUUGUGUGAACAGGUGACAGAAUACGAAGACCCGUACUCUGAAAUAAGAUAUUCUCAGGGUAUAGAAGAAAUCAGUUCUCGUGGAGCAUGUAGGAACACGAAUUUUUGCCCGAUGCGAGAGUGCGAUUAUUCAGAUAAACAUAACCUCUACCAAACGCAUAUGGAUCAAAAUGUAUACGAUCACAUUAGAUUAAAAAUUAAUUAUUCACAAACGGUUUCUGAUAAAAAUCCUGAUUCAAGAAAUGAGGAAUUUGUGUCUCUUUGGAGCAAGCAGUCACUCAAAAAGGAAGAACAAAAAAAGAAUGAGAUAGAAAAUGAAAGUCUGAGUUUUCCUCAAAACACAACAUUAGGACACAAAACGGGAAGAAGUUGUAAACAGAAGCAUGUAUUGCCCAAUUACAGUAUGCAAUUAGCAGAUAUCAAGUUAGAUGCUGAACUGGAUCGUUUUACAGAAGAAGUAAAUCAAAAUUCUGUAAAAAAGAAUGGUAUGAUUGGCGGUCGGAGAAACAACCGCCCGUACAGUUUGGCUCAUUGCUUGUCAAAAUCAGAUAUAAGUAUGGAUGAACGAGAAUCUUGCAAAUCUACCGAUCAUCCUUGUUGAGGGAGAAAUCAGAAGGAAAGUUAAAAAAUCAUUCCUGUAUCGCAAACGAAUAGGAUACUAAACAGUAAAAAAACAUAAAAAGUAAAACAUAUCGAAGGAGAGAAAUUUUUAUAAUUAUCAAUUCUGUAACUGGAACAAAUAUGAAUAUGUUGUAAAAAGCUUUAAUUGAAAAACUUCACAUUGAAUUAGGUGCAUCAAAAACAAUACGACUUUUAUUUAUCAUAAAAAAAAUAUAUCCAAAGAAAAUGACCAAAGAUUUCAAGCUUAGUCGACGGUUAAGAAAACGUUUAGAAAUAUUUAAUACGAAUAGCCUCAACAUAUUUUUCACUCGUUUUCAUUAUUGUUUGGGCUAUUAUAAUUUCGAAUUACUUAAGCGUAUCAUGUUUUUAUGCCUG